AAACUCUCAUUCAUUAAUACAGUACAGUAGAGUACAUAAUAUUAUUUACCUUUACUACAUUUAUAAGCUAUUAAUAUACAGUACAAAGAAAUAAGUGAAAUCUGUGUGAAUACAACAAUUGAAUACAGAGUGCAAGUGCUUUGAGUCCAAUUAGAGGGCAAAAUGACUUCAAUUAAUUCAAUGGAGGGAUGCAUAAACGUUGUCCUAACCUUCUGUCCGGAAUGCAAUAACAUAUUGUACCCACGUCAAAACAAACAACUCAAACGUCUAACCUAUAUCUGUCGGACGUGUCUAUUCGAGAGGGAGGCAAAUGUUAACCAAAACUGUGUUUAUCUCAAUAAUAUUAAGCAUGACAUCAAUGAAUUGGCGCACAUUAAUGCGGAUAUGAUUGCCGACCCGACUCUGGCCCGCACUUCACAGCAUCCCUGUCCCAAAUGCAAGCGUAAGGAAGCCGUCUUCAUGCAGGGGUCGCUCAGACAGUCCGACGAUGACAUGAAGUUGUAUUACAUCUGCACUGAUAUUGAAUGCAAAUUCAAAUGGACUGAAUAGUGCCUGAAUAUUAUUUAUUGGAUUACAGGCUAUUAGUUUUGGUUUAAACAUGAUUACAGCG